UUCCCCCAAAUGUAUUCGAUUUUCAAUUUCCACACACACAAAAAAUCUCUUUUCAUUUUUUAUUCGGAGCUAAGAGUGUCUGUUUUCAUUGGCGGUAACUCUUAAGCUAUUAUUUGUGGUGUUCCAUUCUUGCUUAUAAGUUUUGGACUUUAAGGUAAGUCUUUAUCUGCAGUAAAGCUUUUCCUCAGAUUCCUUGUGGCGUGUAUUUCAGGCAAAUUAUAACCCUUUAUGCAUUCCCACUAGGAAUCCUUAGCUUUGUGAAUUGUAGUAAAAGUGAAAGCUUUUGGUCAAGUUCUUAGUUCUUCUGCCAUGAUUUAAAGGUCCCUUUUUUAACCUCUGUUUUUUUUUUUUUGAGAAUUUUGGUACUGAAUUUCAAGCAAAACCCAAGGUUGGAAUUUUCCAGGAAAUGUGAAUUUUCAAGCAAAAAGAUGACAUCUUUUAGUGGAUUAGGGAUAGGUUUAAGCUUAGUUUUUGGUUGUCUCUUUUUGGCACUUGUUGCUGAGCUUUACUAUUUGCUUUGGUGGAGGAAGAAGAGAAUUGUUAGCAGCUCACAGGUUGAAGAUGAUUAUAGCAAAUAUGCAAAGGAACUCAUUCACCUUUUCUGCUGGAAAAAGUCUUCUCCUUUGCAUGCACCAUCCACCCAUGGAGAUUUAGGCAUCAAUGGAGUUGUUGAGCCAGAUUUGGAGCAUGGUUCAACCAAGGAUUUGCUGCUAAAGGGGUUUGGUGAAGAAGGUGUUGAAUCAGAGCUAAUGAGGCUCCACAACCUUGCUGGUCCACCAAGAUUCCUCUUCACUAUCAAUGAAGAAACAAAGGAAGACCUUGACUCAGAAGAUGGGAGGUCUAAAGGUGAAAAAAGCAGGAAAGGAUCAAGAACAAGGAGCUUGAGUGACCUUAUGUUAACCAUUGACACCCCUUUGGCUUCUCCUCCACCAUUGAACCCCUUAGAUUCUUACCACCACCAAGGAUUCAACCCUCUCUUUGAAUCAUCGACAGAUGGUGGUGGUGAGUUAAACAAGCUGAGACCUUCUUCUUCUUCAUCACCCCCUCCAAAGUUCAAGUUCUUGAGGGAUGCAGAAGAGAAGCUUUUGAGGAAAUUGAUGGUGCUUGAAGCUGAGAAAAGGGCGCAUAGAAAUGGAGGUAGUCUUCAAGAUUCUGGUGUUAAAGCAGCAAUUUUAGCAGAUGAGAUAAUAGAAGGGUCUUUCUUAAAAUUCAUUGUAGGGGAACCACUCCAGUAUUUGCCACAGUACGCUUCAACUUCUUCUCAGAUACUGCCAUUGCCUUCUUCUCCUUCAUCAUUCAGACCACUAGACAAGAAAGACAAGUAUGCAUUUGGUUCCUGAAUCCUGUCUUGCUGCUAGAUGAGUUUUUUUGGUUAAGUUUAUUAUUCUUUUAAUCUACUAAUUAAUUCCUCAAGAUGCUUUACUUGUGUAUUAGUGUUUUCCCCCUUUUGGCCAAAUACUUGUGUAUCAUAGGUUAAAAUAUGCCACGGGUUCUUGUAUUUUUCACAAAAUUGGAAUUUAAUCCUUGUACUUUCAGAGUUUAA